GCCCUUUUCAUUUCUUGACAAAGCUUCAUUUGAAACAGCCCGUCUUUGAAACCUCAGUGAAAGAACAUGAGAAGUCCCGCUCGCUGAUCUUUAAGACCGCUCCCGUCGUUGAUGUCCCGACCCAUCGGCCGUUGCCUUACCCGCCUACCCGCCAAACCCAUCCUCGGCAUUCUCAAAGCCUCGCCUGCUCGGGCCGUCCCGACGCGCGAGCUCCACGCCCGUCACCCGUUCGACGAAAUUCCCCACAGGGACCUCCGGUCGGUUAAUUCCCUCCUCGCUUCGCGGGUUCGCUGCGGCGACGCUGCUGGCGCAUGGGACCUGUUUCUUCGGUUGCGUUCGUCUCGGACCGACCUCGACGUGUAUACUUUCACGCCUGUCUUGAGCGCCUGCUCGGCGCUUCCGCACCCGCAACGUGGCCGGCUAGUUCAUGGCUUGAUGAUCAAGACGGGUACAGAUUCCGGAACCAUAAGCAAAACCGCCCUCGUGGACGUCUAUUCCAAGUAUGGUUGCUUGAGCGAGUCAGUAAAGGUGUUUGGAGAAAUGGAAUUUAAGGAUGUUGUCAGUUGGAAUGCUCUGCUUUCGAGUUUUCUGCGUCACGGCCUCGCGAAGGAUGCACUCCAUGUUUUCGAAGAUAUGAGGAAGGAAAAUGUGGAGAUCAGCGAGUUUACCUUGUGUUCGAUGCUUAAAGCUUGUGCGCUGCUCGAGGCGUAUUCUCAGGGGAAGCAGGUUCAUGGUAUGGUGGUAGUUAUGGGGCGGGACUUGGUGGUCUUGUCCACAGCCUUGAUAGAUUUUUACUCCAGUGUUGGGCGCAUUGAGGAAGCCUUGAAACUUUAUGAUCGUGUCGAUUGCAGUGAGAGUGUGAUGCGGAAUGCAAUGAUUUCCGCUUGUGUUAGGAAUCUGAAGUAUAAAGAGGCCUUCUCAAUAAUGUCUUCGAUGAAACCGAAUGUUAUUGCCCUUACAAGUGCUCUUGCAGCUUGCUCUGAGAACUCAGAUUUGGGGAUUGGGAAGCAGAUACAUUGCGUGGCAAUACGUUUUGGGUUCACCUCCGACACUCAGCUGUGCAAUGUCUUGUUGGACAUGUAUGCCAAGUGCGGGAAAGUUGGUCAUGCCAAGAUGUUGUUCGGUAGCAUUCUGAGAAAGGAUGUGGUUUCUUGGACAACCAUGAUCGAUGCAUAUGGAAUAAAUGGCAAUGGGCUUGAUGCUUUCUUGCUUUUCAACAAGAUGGGUGAGCUCCGAAGUGAAGUCUCACCAAAUAACGUGACCCUUCUUGCUGUUUUAUCAGCAUGUGGUCACUCAGGACUGGUGGAUCAAGGUAGGGCAAGCAUCGACCUGGCUAGGGAUAAGUAUGGUUUAAACGCCGGUCCAGAGCAUUAUGCUUGUUUCAUCGAUGGUUUGGGCCGGGCAGGUCGAAUAGAAGAUGCUUGGCGUGUGUUUCACGAAACGGUUGAGGGUAAGUGCAGACCUAAUGCUGCUGUCUGGGCAGCAUUGCUGAAUGCUUGUAGUCUCAAUCGAGAUUUCUCCAGGGGGGAGCGUGCUGCGAAGCAACUGCUGGAAUUGGAGCCCAUUAAACCGGGUAAUUACGUCCUGGUUUCAAACUUUUAUGCCGAUUUCGGUAUGUGGGACUAUGUAGAUGCUAUGAGGAAUGAAAUGAAGAAGAAAGGGCUUGUCAAAGGAUCGGGAAGUAGCUGGGUCACUGCUAAACCACCAUGAGGAAGGCAAUGAUUCCGAGUUCAUUUCUGUGCUGAACUGCGUCACUGAUGUAUGUGCAGUGCUCCGAUCGCACGCGUGCACAUGUGCUUGCUAAUUCCUUUGUUCACCGGUUGAAGGAAUCUUAUCCGGAUGCGGUAUGAGGAUGAACCUUCAAUUCAAACACUUGUGGGUCGAAGCUAAUUGAUUCGGGCUAUACUGUUCGUCAGUGAAAUUCGCAGGAACUUGACGUUUGCUUCUCCUUUCUACUUUUGCAUUUGGGAUUCAGGAAAUGAACCUAUUUACACCGGAUAGCGCUCCUGUGCUGAGAAUUUCAUUUCA